UUUUGAACGAAGAUUUUCGAUACAAAAACAACAGCGAUCUAAAUGUAGAAACUGAUAGAAGAAGAUUGUAGUCUAAAUUAGUUGAUGCUAAGAAUUCCUCAAUAAAAUAUAAUUUAAGUUAAGAAAGAUAUCGAUUUUUGCAACCUCUUGUUGCACAGACGGAAAAUUACGAUAACAUUUAUCCAGCAAGAGGAAAAUCUGAAGAUCUGAAGAUCUGAAAUGGAAUUCUUGUUCUAAGCUGCUUUGCUCGAGGGUAUGUGUACAUAUCUUACGUAUCGAAAAGCUACAAUGCAGAAAUAAAUAAAAACAAUCAGUGUACAUCAGUAAGAAGUUGAAAUUGUGUUGCUGUUAUCUCUUCGUACCUUCACGUGGAUACAUCAUAACGACCAUAGAUGUACGUAUUUUCUGUGAGAAUUUGAUCGAAUAAUGCUGUUUUUAAAGAAAGAGACUACAAAAGAACGUUAAACCAUUCGAAAGACUAUAUACAGCCAUAGUAUAACCUCAAGUAGUAAUAUAUGAUGUGAAGCUUAGAAAAAGAUUAUAACGAUGAGUAACAACACUUCGAACAUUCCAAGAUCGCCGAGAUUAAGUACACCAGAUAAUCUCCUUCAAUUAUGUUUACGAGAUCAUUACGAUAUUUUGCGAGAACUUGGAAGAGGAACAUACGGUAAAGUUGUUUUGGCUAAAUGUAGAGAAACUGGAACUAAUAUUGCCCUGAAAAUCCUUCCAAAGACGCACGUUAAACUGAAGGAAUUUCAAAGGGAAUUUAACCUUAGCUACUUUCUAUCGCCUCAUACUAAUAUUGUUGACACUUACAAUGUUGCAUUUGAAACCAGAGUUUCGUAUGUGUUCGUACAGGAAUUUGCGCCUUUCGGUGACCUUUUUGAUCUCAUUUCGCCACAGGAAGGAAUGUCAGAAAAAGACUCGAAAACCGUAAUGAAACAAAUUUCGUCUGCGCUCGACUUCAUGCACAGUAAGCAACUGGUACAUCGAGACAUCAAACCAGAAAACAUUCUUGUGUUUGAAAAAGACUUCAGUAAAGUAAAGCUUAUGGAUUUCGGCAUGUCGAGAAAAGAAGGUACAAUAGUGCGAAAAGUUAAUGGAUCCAUUCCAUACACACCGCCAGAAGUUUGUGAUGCCGUCCGAAACGAAAGCAUCAGUGUUUCUUCUUCCGGUGAUAUGUUUGCAUACGGGGUAUUGCUCUUCUGUAUGUUGACGGGGAAUUUUCCGUGGGAAAAUGCAGACAUUAGUGACAUUUACUAUAACGAAUUUAUUCAAUGGCAACGACGAAAAACGACCAAAAUUCCAUCCCAAUGGCGUAAAUUCACCCCUCGUUUAAUGAGGUUCUUUAGGAAGGCACUUGACUGUAAACCGGAAAGACGUUGUGAGGUGAAGGACAUAAGUAAAUACAUUAACGACAAUUGGUUACGCCAAACCAAAACAUCAAAUGACAGUGAUUUUGAAGAUGACGUCACGGAUAGUGAUCACAUGGACAAAUUAACAAACAUUCUACAAGACCACGGAAUUGAAACGAAAGUAGAUAAACGACUGCGGGAGCGGAGAAUUUCCGAAUGGUUGCUACAAUCAUAAUAUAACAAUACAUCCCUCACCAAAGAGCUUUCAUUAAAGUAUAUAUUCAUAAAAUUUAUUUCAAAAUAAACAGAUAUUUGUCAUAUUUUAAA